CUUGGCCUGUUCUCCCCCUUCCCUGCAGAUGGCUUGGCCUCCUCUCGGGUCCGCCUGUACUUCUUCAUCUCCAAUGAAGGCAAUCAGAACCUGUUUGUGGUGCAGGCCAGCCUGUGGCUUUACCUGAAGCUCCUGCCGUAUGUCCUGGAGAAGGGCAGCCGGCGGAAGGUUCGAGUCAAAAUAUACUUCCAGGAGCAGGGCCAUGGUGACAGGUGGAAUGUGGUGGAGAAGAAGGUGGACCUCAAGCGCAGUGGCUGGCACACCUUCCCACUCACAGAGGCCAUACAGGCCCUAUUUGAGCGAGGCGAGCGGAGGCUCAACCUGGACGUGCAGUGUGACAGCUGCCAGGAGCUGGCCGUGGUGCCAGUGUUUGUGGACCCAGGCGAGGAGUCACACCGGCCCUUCGUGGUGGUGCAGGCCCGGCUAGGGGACAGCAGGCACCGCAUUCGCAAGCGGGGCCUGGAGUGUGAUGGCCGGACCAACCUCUGUUGCAGGCAACAGUUCUUCAUCGACUUCCGGCUCAUUGGCUGGAAUGACUGGAUCAUUGCACCCACUGGCUACUACGGGAACUACUGCGAGGGCAGCUGCCCAGCCUACCUGGCAGGGGUCCCAGGCUCUGCCUCCUCCUUCCAUACAGCGGUGGUGAACCAGUACCGCAUGCGGGGCCUGAACCCUGGCCCUGUGAACUCCUGUUGCAUCCCCACCAAGCUGAGCUCCAUGUCCAUGCUCUACUUCGAUGAUGAGUACAACAUCGUCAAGCGAGAUGUGCCCAACAUGAUUGUCGAGGAAUGUGGCUGUGCCUGACAGUGGCGGGCAGGGAAGCAGAGGAGGUGCUGCUCAGGGGACAGAGCCCCCUGUGGGGGCAGGAGGUGCAUAGUGGGCUGAGCAUGCUCAUUCCAUCGGGCUGCAGAGAGAAUGUCAGGGUGGGGCUCAAAUGCAUUUUCUGCUACUUUGUAGUGCAGCCAGUCAAAACCAGAGGAUGAGCCCUCGACCAACAUGAGACUUUCAAAUGCACAUGUAGACACGCACAACCAGAUGCAUCCUGCCAUCCACACAGCAGCCUCCAGGAUACCAGCAAAUGGAUGUGGAGACAAAUGGCAGCUUAGCUACCAAUGCCUGUCAGUUGGAGAGAAUGGGGUGAGCAGCCACCAUUCCCACCAGCUGGCCUGGCCACUCUGAAUUGCGCCUUCUGAGCACACAUAAAAGCACAAAGACAGAGACACAGAGAGGGAGGGAGAGAGAGAAAGAGAGAGGGAGAGAGAGAGAGAGAGAGAGAGAGAGAGAGAGAGA